AUGCGUGAAUUUGGAAAAUAUUUUAGAUGUACUGAGCACAAUAAAGCAAUAAGUUUAUUUUGUAAUGACCAUGAGCAGCCAUGCUGUUUCAUAUGCACUGGAACAUGUGGAGCAAAGCAUAGGGAAUGCAAAAGUAUAGACUCUAUUCAGAAAGCUGCUUCAACAGUUAAAGACAGUGGAAAACUGGAUUCUUUAUUAAAUGAAGUUAGAAUCAUAGAAAAGAAGUUGAAAGAUGCCAAGCGAGAACAGGAGAAGAAUAUUUCAGAGCUAGAAGAUUCCGUGGAUAAAAUGACAAAGGAAAGUGAAAAGGAAUUUAAGGAACUUGUUGACCACAUUGAAAACUUGAAAAACAAACAUGUAGAUGAACUUGCAGUUGCCCAAAAGAGAGGAAGACAAGAAAUGGACCAAUGUACUAGAACACUAAAUGAUGGAAUGAAUUGUGUGAAUUACUGCUAUCAGAAUGUAGGAAAAGCCAGGGAAACAGAAAAUGAAAAUGAAAUACUAAUGAAUUAUUACACGGCAAAGGAGACGGCCUCACAACUGAAUCAAUUUAGUUUUACAAAGAAACACAUAAAAAUAUCUUUGAAGAAAGCCUCUAUUUUGAAAAAUCUUAAAGUUGCAAAAUCAAUUUUAGAUAUACAAUGUUCUGAGUCAAAGCAUCAGGUGUUGCUUAGUGUAAGUGCUUUGGCAUUGCCUCGUGCUCCUGCAUUUAGCAUUAAAGAAAAAGAUGCCAACAUAUUUACUGCAUCUUUUCUGGCAAACGACACUUUUGCAAUUAUUGACCACAGGGUCGAUGUAACCGCAAUAACAGAGCAGGGAGAUAUCGCCUGGAAAUAUGAACAUCUCAGCAUGAAACAGCCAUGUGAACUUGAUAAAGAUUCUGUUGGUAAUGUUUUUGUUGCUGCCAAGGAAAGGAUGAGGAUGGUACAAUCCCAUACUCUGUUCUACUAUAACCCUAAUCUGGAAUUCACCUAUGGACUCAACAAAGGCAUCAGUGACAAUAUUAUAUUGUAG